AUUUGAAAGAGAGAAAUGAAAGCGGGAAGAUUUUAUGUGGAAAAAAAAACGCUUUGCUGAGUCCUGCGGUCCCGACUGCAGUCACUGAUUUUACAAACAGGGUGCAAACAUUUCUGCGACCAUGGUUUCCUACUUGGUGCAUGCAGUUCUCCCAAUAAGCAUCCUGCUGUGGGGCGUGACCACCGUCUUCUCAGACACAUGCUCCGAAAACAGGGGGUAUCCUGGGGUGCCUGGAAUUCCGGGAGAUCAUGGUGCCAAUGGAAAGGAUGGGCUGAAGGGGCAAAAGGGAGAUAAUGGUAAUAAAGCAGAGCCAGUGAAGGGGGCGAAAGGCGAUCGAGGCAUGCCUGGAAAUCCGGGCAGGGCUGGCAUAAAGGGUAAUAUGGGAAUGGAGGGGCCCCCAGGACCACAGGGCCCAAAGGGGCAGAAAGGAGCCAUAGCAGGAGUCCCCAAAAACAUGCGUUCAUUUUUCUCCUAUAAAAGGUCUCCUCAAUACAGGCAGAAUGUUAUCAUAAGGAAACCCAUCGAAUUUGAUGUUUUGACUUCUCCUAAUCAGGACGGUGAUCCACUGACUAAUGGAGAGUUUACAGCAACGCUGCGGGGCACUUACUUUUUUGUGUACCACAUCUCUGCAGCAAGUACCGCCUGCCUGAACAUUAAGAAGAAUGCAGAGAUUUUGGUGAAUCUCUGUGAUAUCACUCAGGGAGUGCUGGUGACCUCAGGGUCAGUGGUGGUGAAGCUGGAGAAGGGGGACAAGGUGUCUGUGCAAGCCUUUCAAAACUCCAACAUCAUCAGUAAAGAUGCUGACAGCACUUUCACAGGAUUCCUGCUCUUCCAAUCGUAACAAUUUAGCAAGAUCACAAGCUUUAACUUUCAGCUUCUACCCAACUAACAUAUUAUACUCUUACACAUCAAGAUGUCCUUAGGUGCAGCAGGUUUAAACCCCUGCUCCUGGAGACCCAGCUUCAGACUUUAUCUUAAAUCCUAAUAAUCCCCACCUUAUUCAUCUGAACACCACCUUUAGAGAUUAACCUGCUGGAAGGUAGAUCUCACGGAUGUGCUUUGGUAAAAACUUUUUCAAACAGAAUAAAACAGUAAAUUGAUUCCCAUCAAUCAUGUUCUAUUGGUCUUCUCUCUGUACCAUAAUAUAUCUCAUUAAAAUCUUAA